AUGCCGACUUUCGUCCUUCAUGGAGAUGCAAAUUUUAAAGUGACUCUUUUCUUCGAAACGUACACGUUCAACACGUUCUUCACAGCGCCGCCUGCUACCAUGUCCAACACACACAUUCUCACACUAUCAUGCCCGGACCGACCGGGCAUCGUGCACGCUGUCACGGGCAUUCUGGCCGCGCAGAAGCUCAACGUGCUAGACCUGCAGCAGUUCAGUGACCGGGCGUCGGAGACCUUCUUUAUGCGGGUGCACUUUGGGCCCUCGGAGGUGGAUUCGACGGCAGCCCUGGAUGAACCGUUCGCGCAGCUGGCGCGCGACUUUUCCAUGACGUACGACAUCCGAUCGGUGGCGCGCAAGGUGCGGGUAUUGAUCAUGGUGUCCAAGAUCGGCCAUUGCCUCAACGACCUGCUUUUUCGCAUGCGGACCGGCCAGCUGCACGUGGAAGUGCCACUGGUGGUGUCGAAUCACGGCGAGUUUGCGGACCUCGUGCGCUCGUACGGUAUCGAUUUUGCGCAUCUGCCGGUGACCAAGGACAGCAAGGCGGCACAGGAGGAGCGCAUCCUGGAACUGAUUACGGAGCACAACAUUGAGCUCGUUGUGCUGGCGCGCUACAUGCAGGUGUUGUCGCCUAAGCUGUGCCAGGUCAUGAGCGGCCGUAUCAUCAAUAUCCACCAUAGCUUCCUGCCCAGCUUCAAGGGUGCCAAACCGUACCACCAGGCAUACGAGCGCGGCGUCAAGAUUAUCGGCGCCACCGCCCACUUUGUCACUGCCGACCUGGACGAAGGACCCAUCAUUGAGCAGCGCGUGGCUCGUGUCGACCACAGCAUGAGCCCGAAAGCCCUGGUCGACGAGGGCUCCAACGUGGAGAGCCAGGUGCUGGCGGCGGCCGUGAAAUGGUACGCUGAACGCAAGGUGUUCUUAAAUGGGACGAAGACGGUGGUGUUCAACUAG